UGACAUUUGCAGCAAUUUCAAAUUAUUCAAGAUUUUGUGGUUUUUUUUUUUGAUCAAGUCGAGGUUAGAGGGCACACGUGUCUCCGGUUUAUUUCUCGACUCCUGAUUUUGAAGACCUUUUUUGACAUAUAGCACGUGUGUCUUCUACCAAUGACAAUGCUUUUCAAACUUGACAUUGGCAUAAUUAUCGUAUAAACGAUACAGCCAAAUAAAAUAAAUUGGAUUUGGAUUUGGAAGAUUUUGUGUCAAUAUGAAACGAAGUUGCUUAUUUAUUCCCCAUAAAUUAAAUAGCCUUAGUUUUGUGAACACCAGAUUUAUCACAAAAGUAGCUAGUUCAAAUGAAGACACAAUUACUUAUUGUGCGAAUAUCGUAAGACAGCACGACUAUGAAAAUUUUUUGGCAACGCUUCUUAUGACGAAGGCUAUUCGAUCUCCAGCGUUGGUACUAAGAGCUUUUAAUGUUGAAGUGGCGCGCAUUCAAGACCAGACAUCUGAUGCGCAAACCGCUGCAUUCAGGUUACAAUUCUGGCAAGAUGCCCUCAAAGAUAUUUACAAAAAUGAUCAGAAGUUGCAAAAUGUACCUGCACAUCCCAUUGCCCAGGAGUUGUUCAAGGUCUGUAGCGGUUACAAACUCUCUCGUAGACACUUAGAACGACUUAUAACAUCAAGAGGCAGUCUUCUGAAGUCAAAAUAUUUCCGUAAUAUGGAAGAUUUGGAACGGUAUGCAGAGGAUACUGUGUCCUGUGUUUAUUAUCUUAUUUUAGGUGUAGCUGGAGUAGCCGAUGUCCAUGCUGAUCAUGCUGCAUCACAUCUAGGUAAAGCACAAGGAAUAGCAAAUAUAUUAAGAUCAAUUCAUGUUUCAAAUUAUCACAAAAUGGUAUCUCUACCUAUGGAUAUUCUUAUGAAAUACAAAAUAAGUCAAGAAAAUGUAUUGAGAGCCAUGGAUACUGAAGAUAUGAGGAAUGCUACGUUUGAAAUAGCUAGCAGAGCAAAUAGUCACUUAGAAAAGGCAAGAAGUAUUCAAGUUCCUAAAAUUGCUAAACAAAUAUUUUUGCCAGCUGUAGCAGUAAACGCUUAUUUAAAUAGACUGCAGAAAUGCAAUUUUGAUUUGUUUAAUAAAUCAUUGACAUUAGGAAAUGUCACUUUGCCCAUCAGUUUAUACUACAAUAGACUGCUGAAUAAAUAUUAAAUAUUAGCAAUUAGUUGUAGUCACAAUAAAUAAACUUAUAAAAUUAUGUAGUAUGUAGUAUUAGAAAGUAAUAAUAUUCAUACAUGUUA